AUUUCUCCUACAACGUUUGAAAACUUGACAAUAUGGUUUUGACGAUAGCACCGACACCGGCCCAUCAAGAAAAGGUGAAACCCAUCAAGGGGAAGGCCAAGAAAAACGACAAACCGUCUCAUCCUCCAACUGCGCAGAUGGUUAACACUGCCAUACAACAGUUGAAAGACCGUGGCGGUUCUUCACUUCAAGCCAUCAAGAAGUACAUCUCUUCGACUUAUAAAGUCGACGCCGAGAAACUCUCACCGUUCAUAAGGAAAUACAUCAGGAACGCCGUGGCUUCGGGAUCAUUGGUCCAGACGAAGGGUAAAGGCGCUUCUGGUUCUUUCAAACUCGCAGAGAUCGACAGCAAGAAGAAGAUAAUAGCUAAGAAGACUCCAGCUGUGAAAUCCCCGGCCAAAUUGAAGGUAAAGAUGACCAAGAAGCCUCCAACUACACCUAAGGCUCCUAAACCGAAGAAAACCAAGGCUGGUUCAGCAAAAAAGAUACGAAAGACCAAAAAAGCAAAAUCAAUCCCUGCGAAAUAGACGACUUCAUGAACACAAAUUUAACGGCCCUUUUCAGGGCCAC